CCUUGCGUGCGUAAUACUAUUAUUGCGCUAAUCGUACACCUCCGUGAAAUCUAUACACUUCUUUAGUUAACUAUCAGUGGUGCGUCCAGCAGACCCUAUUUCGCGACUAAGCCCAAUAUAAAGACAAGUUAUAAACAUUCCUGUAACUAUGCAACGCCUAGCAACGGUGCGCACCCUGACAGCCAGUACAAUGCCUGCGUUUCGGGUGCAUUCGAGGUCUGUUUCGAAUGUUAUGAAUAAGGGGAGUUUAAACACUACACAUUUGAUCACUAAAAGUAUUUCUACGACUCUUUGUAGAAUGAGAUUGCCUUGUAAACACACCCUUAAAACACACAUGUCACAUGCGGGGAGUAUGCAAAUGAGUUAUAUAAGGGCAUUUUGUAGCAGUAUUGUACGAAGACAGGAUACAGGCAAGCAGCCAGAAAUAACACAAUCCACAGAUGCACAAUUACAAGGCGACGCAGAUAUCCUCGAUCCUUCUAUUACAAGUGCACACGGAACGGAAUCAAAUACAAGCUCACAAUUGGAGGAAUCGGAACACGAUCCAUUGUAUAUGCAAGUAGAGAUUGACAGUGAAGACGAGGAAAGCGAUGGUGAGGGUAGAGGAAGAAUGGUGGAUGCUAACGAGGUCAGGGCGACAGACACAGCUACACGAUUGGAACUGGAGGACAUUGUGGAGAUGCUGAAUUUAAGUCAUUGCAGGUGUG